AUGGAUUUCGAUCAUGCCUAUAGGAGGUACAAAAUCUAUGCCCUUAGAAAUCAACAACGCAAAGAAAAUGAACAAGAAGUGACUCGUGUUGAUAGUGCCAUUACAGCACCCUACAAUUCGUUUACUGGGGUCACUUUACAAAAGGGUGCCGCACUUUCGACUGAAAUGGAAAACUAUAGGAGACGAGUGAUCGCCCUACUGAACUUCUUUGACUCAAUAGCUCCACGUUGGUGGGAUCAAUUGCAUCGAUUCAAUGGAAGGUUAGUGAAACGUCCAAGCCGGAGUGCGGAGUUGAUAGUCAAGCUGCAGGCAAGACUGAAGGCACGCCUCACACGUCUCACACCUCGCAUGGUGAUACCAGCUGCUGCAGCUGUGGUCACCAUAGAGGAAAGUGAUAUUGUCUCAGUUCUGCCACAGAACCUACUACACUUAAGAGGUCAACCCGCAAAUCGACGAUCUAAACUGGGGAAAUUUGAAAAUGUCCAAGAAACGCUGCGACUGGCUUAUUCCAUAGCUCGACGUUUGGGAGAAGUUGAGAGAUUGAAACAGCAGCUGAUUUUAUAUGCAGUUGAGUGGAUAAAUGCUGACGGUAGAGACUUCUCUCUUCGAGCACAAAGACUCGCUCUACUCACUAAAAAUAUUAAGUACUGCCUCAUUGAACGAUUUAAAGGGGUACAAGCCCUCAUUACUCAUUAUUAUCGGCGGAGAUCUUCCAACAAUUUAGAUGAUGGUGGAAGUGCACCCCCCAUGGGGGUUGAAGUUGACUCCAAAUCUCGUCUGAUGCAUGCCUUUUGUGAAGUUACCGCAGCAUGUAUAAGCACCACAAGCAUGGAGAUUCUUCGAGUCAUGGCGAAUGCCGAUCUGACACUUGCCACUGAUCCAGCAUUUACCACCGAUUUUAUCGACUACUAUUCGCCUAAUAUCCUUCCAAUGUCAACGUAUACAUUAGCCUCUGUCACUACUGAUGUUAACAAGCAGGAAGGAAUUGUGCCAUUGGAGAGGGCUAAGAGAAGCAUGACUGAAAAUUCGACUGACGAUAUCAGGCACGAAGAAUCCGUACUGUCACGUGAGCAAAUUAAUCCUACCACUUUAACGGAUCAGCAUAUUAAUUCAAAACAGUCUUCCAUGCUAAGCAGGACACCCGGAGUUCAGCCUCACAAUAGGCUUAAGAAGUCAGGAACUCCAAAUAGCUUUAAUCCAAGCAUUAGCUUUGGUGAAGCAGAAGAGGAAGACGAGGAAUUGAUUACCUUACCAGACAUCAACAGCUAUAAGCUGCGCCGUUCAGAUUCUGAGUCAAGACGAAAAAGAGAAACUGCUCAAUUUAUCACAAAAUUGCUUGCACUACAAGGAUCCAAAUCCUCGGUGGAAAAUGAUGUCAAGUCAUUGGGAAGUCAAAACCCUCUACCAUCACUUAAGCAUACCAGUAGCAGCACCGCUUUACCAUCCACUUUGCUUUUCCGACCCUCUAGUCUUGAAGAUAACCAAGGAAAUUUUGUUACACGGGCAAAUUCCACUUUAUCCGAUGAAAAUACUUAA